AUGAAUUUCGAAAAGCUCAAGAAAAACCGAACUGUUAUUAGAACAGCAGUCACGAAAAUAACGAAUACUAUUGAAGGUUUAAUUAAAGAAGAUCAAAUAGAUUUAGAGGCCCUAGAAGAGCUAUUGAAUCAAUUGCAUAUUAAAGCAGAACUUUUAAAGAAAAUUGAUGAAGAUAUCGAACCGCUGUUAGAAUUAAAAGAAUACGAAAAAGAACUGAUAUCAGCAUAUGAAUACGCUGAAAAAGUUUCGAACACAAUAUUUCGCGCUCAAAGAAAAUUAAAGGAAAUUAAAUCCUCUAAUAAUAGCCAAGCGAACAUAAGUUCGAACAUGAGCGAGAAAUUAAUAUACGAAACAAAACACGUGAAGCUUCCAAAAUUGAACAUUCAAAAGUUUUACGGUGAUUGCACCCAAUUUUAUUCCUUUUACAACACUUUCAAAGUCUCGAUUCAUGAAAAUGAAACGCUUUCAAAAACUGAGAAAUUUAACUACCUAAAAAGUUAUUUAGGCGGCCCUGCAGCUAAUGCAAUUGCGGGUUUUGAAAUUUCAGAUGAAAAUUACGACUCUGCGCUUCAAAUAUUAAAAGAACGAUUCGGACAAAAAUACGUCAUAAUUAACAGCCAUAUGAACAAAUUGCUUAACUUAUCUCCUGUUUACAAAAUUACCGACAUUCCAAAGCUAAAACAGAUUCACAAUGAAAUAGAAGUUAACGUUCGGUGCCUUUCCGCUUUAGGAUUGGAGUCAAAUUCCUAUUCUGCAAUGCUGUUAGCAGUAGUAUUGAAAAUAAUCCCCCAUGAAUUGGCAUUGGAAUAUAAUCGACAGAAUAAGAAAACCUCUUGCGUUCCAGACAUAAAUCAAUUCUUGAAUUUCUUGCAAACAGAAAUUUUAACAAGAGAACGAACUUAUUCGUGUAGGUCGAAGCCAUUUGAAUCAAACAGUAAGAAUAAAAAUUCAACUUUGUCUAAUAGACAAGAUAGCGCUUGCAUUUCCACCAGCGGUUUUUUCGUUGCUGCGAAGAAUGGAAAUGAAGCUUUCACUGAUAAGAAAACGGAUAAUUGUUUAUUUUGCAAAAAAGAACACGAUGUUCUCAACUGUCGCUUAAGUGUUGAAAAAAAGAGAAACGUAUUGAAGAAUCAAGGUAGAUGCUUUUUGUGCCUUGGAUUAAGACACCGUUUGAAAGAUUGUUUAUCGGGUAGGAAUUGUAAGUACUGUUCCGGUAAACAUAAUGAAAAUAUUUGCUAUAAGUUUAACAAUUUGGUUAACGAUAAAUCUAAUAAAGAAUCUCUUAUGGGCGAUGGGACGGAAAAUGUAAUUUCUGCUGUAUCGCAUAUGGGAAAUAAAAAUAGGACUCUUUUGCAAACGAGUUAUGUGUUAGCAAAAAAUGAAAACUUAGAUUUGAACUGUGGUACACGCGUUUUACUGGACUGUGGUUCGAUGCGUAGCUUUACCACGCAAAACAUAGCUAAUAAAUUAAAAUGUAAAGUACUAAGGAAAGAAAAAUUAUCAGUGUACACAUUUGGAAGUAAAACCCCGAUCGAAAAAUACUACGAUGUCACCAAACUUACGUUAAUCAACAGAAACUCUCCCGACUCAAAAAUAGAAAUCGAAGUGUUGGUUACAGACGAAAUAUCAGGAUCAAAUAUUCCCCCUCCCGAAGUUGAAGACUUUAAGGGUAUGAAACAGUUGAAAAAUUUGACACUCGCGGAUUUUUCAGAAAGUAAAGAACCCAUUACAAUUUUAAUUGGUGCUGAUUAUUAUUAUAACGUUGUAACGGGAAAUAUUAAGCAUUUGAGCAAAACACUAGUUGCAGUUGAAACAAUUUUCGGUUGGUGUUUACAAGGGAAAAAGAGUGAAAAUAACUUUUCCUUAAUGAUGAAUGUAGUCGUAGAAAAUAGCGCGAUUUCAGAACAAAUUCAGAAAUUUUGGGACUUAGAGACUUCAGGUCUUAUUGAUUCGAAGCAAGAUGCUGACCCAACAGAAAAUGAAAUCAUGAGACAAUUCGAGUCUCAGAUCAAAUAUGAAAACAAAAGGUAUACAGUGGGGUUACCUUGGAAGUUAGAAAAGCGGGAUUUAAAAGAUAAUAGGAAGAUAGCUGAAGAGAGGUUUUCUAGACUUAGAAAAAGAUUUUAUAGAAACCCCGAGUUGUAUUUUGAAUACAAAAAGGUGAUAGAAGACUAUUUACGACAAAAAAUUAUUGAACCAGUUAUUAACCCAGAUGAGGAAGACGAAGUUAAAUUUUACCUGCCCCACAGAGAAAUAAUUAGGAAAGAUCGUGAGACGAGUAAAUUGCGUAUAGUUUUCGAUGCCUCCUCUCAUGAUUCUAAUUGUUUAUCUUUAAAUGACUGUCUUCAUAUAGGUCCAAAUUUAUAUUCUGAAAUAUUUGAUAUUUUAUUGAGAUUUCGCUUUCACCCCAUUGCUUAUACCACGGACAUGAAACAAGCAUUUUUGCAAAUUUCACUCAACGAAGAAGAUAGAGAUGUUACUCGUUUUUUCUUUACGGAUGACCCCUCGGACGACUCUAUUGCACCCCAGGUUUAUAAAUUUACGCGCGUUCUGUUCGGGAUUAGUAGCAGUCCGUCUUUAUUGGCAGGAACUUUGAAAUAUCAUCUGAAACAGUAUACUGAAAAAUAUCCAGUGACUACAAAAUUUUUAAAUAAUAUUUAUGUCGAUGACAUCAUCGGUAGUCAUGCAUCUGUAGAUGAAGCAUUAUCUCAUACAUUAGAGUCCAUAGCAAUUUUCGAAGAUGCUAGUUUGUCACUACGCAAAUGGCGCACUAAUUCGAAGACCCUCCUCGAAUUAUGGAAAAAACAUGGAGUGAUUUCAAGUGAUUAUGUCGAACCCCUCAAAGAAGAAAAUAUGACUUGCAAAGUCUUAGGUAUAGCAUGGGACAACUUAAAGGAUAUUCUUUAUUUUGAUGUUGGAGAUCUAGUCAAAUUUGUUUCAAGAAGAACUGACACUAAACGAUACGUGCUCCAGGUCUUAGGACGGAUCUUUGAUCAUAUCGGAAUUUUAGGUCCUUUUACAGUGAGAAUUAAAUGUUUGAUGCAACAGAUUUGGACGUUACGUAUUGAUUGGGAUGACAGAUUACCCGAAAAUCUAAGUUUGUUAUGGAGAAACUGGUGCGAAGAAGUUCCUCAACUGACGGAAAUUUCAAUCCCACGCCACUAUUUUUCCGAAAACCUAAAUGUUGAUAUCAAGACUCUUGAACUUCAUUUCUUUUGUGACGCAAGUAUGAAAGCAUUUGGAACAGUUGCCUACAUGCGUGUUUUAUCUCGAAAUGAAGACGUUCGAACGGCCUUUGUAGCUUCUAAAAAUAGAGUUGCUCCGAUAAAAUAUCUUACAUUGCCUCGGCUGGAGCUCAUGGCUGCAGUAUUGUCAGCAAAAUUAAGUUUUAAUAUUUUGAAAUCCUUGAAACGUGACAUUCCGUGCUAUUUCUGGUCUGACUCGAAGAUAACAAUUUUUUGGAUAAAAAGAAAUCCUGAAAAAUUCAAACCUUUUGUCAAGAAUCGGAUUGAAGAAAUUCGCAAAUUCACAGCACCUUCAGACUGGUUUUUUUGCCCCGGAAAGGUCAACCCUUCAGAUACCUUGUCGAGGGGAGCAAAAGUUUCUAAACUGCUAGAAAAUCCAACCUGGCUGACAGGACCGCAGUGGCUAAAAAAUUCUCCAGAAUACUGGCCGAAGUCGGAAAAUGAUGAAGCAAUAAAUACAGAAGAAUUGGAAUACAAAAAGAAAUCGAAGGACAUCUUUCAGUAUGAAUGUUUUGUUAAAGAAAAGGAUAAUGCAAUCAACAUUACUAAAUUUAGUAAUAUGGAGAAGUUGGUGAGGAUUACAGCUUGGGUGAAGAAGUCGAUCAUGAAAUUUAGAAAGAUUUCUAAUAUAGAAAACACAUUGACCGCUGAAGAAUUAAUAGAAGCUGAGAAUCAUUUGAUAAGAUUAGAACAGAAGAUCUUUUUUAAAGAAGAAUACGAAUCCUUGAAGAAUGGAGAUCCGAUUCAAAAAGACUCUGAUUUGUUUAACUUUUUGCCAUUCAUGGAUGAAAAUGAAAUUAUCAGACUAGGAGGAAGAUUAGAAUUUGCUGAAUUAUCUACAGAAGAAAAACAUCCUAUUAUUCUUCCAAAACGGUCCUGGCUGACAUUUUUAAUCACAAGAAGAGAACAUGAGAAAAUGAUGCACGGUGGAACAGCUUGCACUUUAGCUCGAAUUCGGCAACGUUUCUGGAUUCCAAAGGGACGGCAAUUAGUCACGAGUGUAAUCAAAAAGUGUCUAAUCUGCCAAAAAUAUCUUUCGAAGGCUGCUAAUCAAACUACAGGUCCGUUGCCGCUUGACAGAAGUAACACCUCGCCUCCAUUCUCAGUUUGCGGAUUGGAUUUUGCGGGUCCAAUUUAUGUGAAAAUUUUUACAGAAGUUCAAAAAUCUUAUAUAGUUUUGUUUACAUGUGCGAUUACUAGAUCAAUUCACCUUGAACUCGUUAGCGAUAUGACUACAGAUUCCUUCUUAUUGGCACUUCGAAGAUUUUUAGCUAGAAGAGGAAACUGUAAGGUAAUAUAUUCAGAUGACGCGAAAACCUUUAAAAGGGCGAAAAAAGAAAUAGAAGAUUUAUCAAAAAUUAUUUCUCACAAAUUACUUUCGCAAUUUCUAACUAAAGAAAGAAUAGUUUGGAAAAAUAUAAUUGAAAGGGCGGCUUGGUGGGGAGUUUUCUACGAGCGACUUGUGAAAUCCGUAAAAGAUUGCCUGCGGAAAAUUGUAGGGAAAGCUUUAUUAAAUUUUGAAAUGUCUACAUUGCUUACAGAAAUAGAAACCGUCCUCAACUUGCGACCGCUAACUUACGUCUAUAAUGAAAAUAGUGAACCUUUGCCUUUGACACCAAUGCACUUCCUAAAUUUUGGACGAGAACCUCAAUAUCUAUCAAUUUCGCUGAAAUAG